AUGGCCGAAAAGAUCAAACAGCUUGUCAAGAUCUCCGACCACCGAUCUUUCGAGAUCGGAUUGUUGCUGGCCAACAGGUCCCGCGUGAUGGGGGUGCGGCCCGUUGUGGCGCAUGACAGUUGGAUGUACAUGGUGAAGCUCGGCAUCGGGACCCCGCCGACGUUCACCAACUUGGAGUUUGACACUGGGAGCAGCUUAUCAUUCAUUCUUGUUAGGUUCAUGGAUGGCACCAAAACCAAAGGGUUUCUAGUGGUAGAUCGCUUCACGUUCGCAUCCAAUCUCGGCAAUCGUUUGGAGGCAGUCGACAACGUGGUCUUCGGUUGCUCCAAAGAUACCAGCCCGGACAUGUACCACCAUGGCACGGUAGUUAGCGGGAUCAUCGGCAUGGGCACCGGCGCACGAUCCUUCCUGAUGCAGCUCAGAGGCCAAGCAAAGAGCCGCUUCUCGUACUGCCUAGUCCCUCCGGAACGCACUGCCCAGAGCUACCUUCGAUUCGGCACCGACAUCGAACAUAUACGACAUGCACAAACCACACCUCUCCUAUCACAUCACGGCAGCGAUGAGUAUUAUCUUGACCUUAAGGAUCUCAGCGUUGAAGGUCGAUUACUUCAUCUGCCAUCAGAUACUUUCAAGAUGAACCCUGACGGAACAGGCGGUUGCGUCAUGGACACGGGUACAUGGAUCAAUUUCAUGGUUGAAAGUGCGCUCAACGCUUUGGUUCGUUCUUUGGAGGAGCAUUUUCAAAGGCAUAACCUUAGAAAGGUUGAGGAUCCAUAUAAAGCAGAUUUUAAACUGUGCUACGAAAAGCCGAGGGGAUUCUCAUCUUAUCUGGCCAUCGGGUUUCACCUCCGAGGGGCCGUUCUUCGGCCGAGGCCCAAGAGCUUCUUCUUCAUCAACAAGAAUUCAUUCUGCUUGUCUAUGAAGGAAGAUCAGCAUACGUUGAUCGGGGCUGCUCUGCAGCAAAACCGGCGGAUGGUGUUUGACAUUCGAAAGCGCCGGCUAACAUUUGCCGAAGAGAAUUGUGCUCGCGAUUGA